AUGUUAGCAAUCACUGUCAUCGCUCUCGCCGUUGCCGUUGCCGCGCAUCCUCCUCUCCAACGAGCCGUAGCCAAUGUUGUCACCAGCUGUGUCCAGCCCAACAUGGCUGCGCUCACUUUUGAUGACGGACCCUACAUGUAUAUGGACCAGAUUGUCGAUACCCUCGAUGCCAAUAACGCCAAGGGAACGUUCUUUAUCAACGGAAUGAACUUCGACUGCAUCUAUAACGACGACGAAGCCGCUCGCGUCCAACGCACGUUCAGCAAGGGCCAUCAGAUUGCCUCGCACACCUGGUCUCAUGCUCACUUGAGUACUUUGUCUCAAGGUCAAGUCACAUCGGAGUUCACGAAGACCCAAACUGCGAUCAAGAAGAUAACUGGCGCCACACCUUCUUUCACAAGGCCUCCUUACGGUGAAUAUAACGAUAUUGUCCAACAGGUUGCUUCGGAACAGGAACAAACUCUUGUCAUCUGGGAUUUCGAUUCUGGUGACUCCGACGGCGCAACCGUCGAUGCCAUGAAGAGUGCAUACGAUACUCUUGCUGCUAGUCAUCCCAGCAAUAUCCUUGCGCUCAAUCACGAAACUCGCCGUACGUUAUUCACACGCGUCUCCCGUUUCCCCCCCAGGCUAACCCUUUGUUCGUCUUUCCCCUUUCUAGAGGAAACCGUGUAAGUCACUCGAGACCGAGGCACGCACCCUUCGUGUAAUGAUCAACUUCUUUUGUUCCUUCCCUACAGCACGCAAAUACUACCAUACGCCAUCUCUGGCCUCAAGAAAGCUGGAUACCGACUCGUCACGGUUGCAGAGUGCUUGGGGAUGAAGCCCUAUUCGCAAGUCAGUUCCCCGGGACCAAAGGAUGAUUCUUGGACCUGUUAAGGCAAAAUGACCUGGUACGGAAUGGACUUGGGAAACAUUAAGUUACAGUGCAACGGACAUGAACAUUAUGGACAAGCUUUUGUAUUUAUUGAAGUAGAGUUACCAAGUUUGUUUUGGUUACGUCGCAACAUCCGUCUCUUGUAUCAA